GUAGAAUUUUUUGGAGUAGAAAUACAAUACACACUCUUCUUAUCAAUCUACAACUUUAAGAACAGGAUUCUUAUCUCCUUUUCCCCUGAAAUAGAAAAUUUAAUUCUCAAAAACAAAUUGGUAUACAAACAAGCAGAGUUUUGAAUAAAAAUGCAUUUCUUCUCGCCUUCAGUAGGUUAAUCUCAAGGAAUGUGUCUCAAGAAGGUAACAAUAUCAUUUUACAUAUAUGCUAUUGCAUCAGACAUACAGCGUCUAUAUAAUGGAUUCUGGAGCAGUCAGUCAGGAACUCAGGAAGCCAUAAAGGACAAAAUGCGAAAAAAGAAUGAGAGAGAGAAAGAAAUGUUUUGCAAAAGAAGGAAGAAAUAAGAAAAGGAAAGCAGGGAUAAAGUAUAAGAAUAAGAAAAAGGGUCGAGAGGAACGAUGAGAAUAAAAAGGGAGGCAAAGUACAUACAAGCAAGUCUGUGGUAGCAUUACAGAGACGGAGUUUGAGUUUCGGUUUCGUUUGACUUGCGCCUACUCUCGAGCUCGAUGUGAGUUGUUUCUCUGUCCUUUCCUCAGUUGCGCGCGAACCGCGGUGCCGCGUGCAUUUCAUUGUUGGUGCAUUGCUGUGAGAUCGCAUAUUAUUAUUAUUGCCUUGCGCUUAUUUAUCACACAACACAUUUUUCCAUCACAUACAAUUUAUGAUUUAUUCCUACUGACACCUUCUCUCUUAUUGAUUCUCUAGAAAAAAAAAAUUUCCUCUUGCUCCAAAAAAUAGAAAUUAAAAAAAACACGAUUUUCUAGAUAUACAGAAAAUUUCGAAUAUUAAAAAGUAAUUAAAAGAAAAAUUUUCGAGACUGAAUUUUAAACUGCAUUUGACAAAAAAGAAUUUGAAUCAGAUUUGACUUUUGAAAAAGAAGCGGGAAAUUUGAAUAAAAGGGGCGAAAAAUUGAGAAGGAGGAAUUGUUUGGGUGAGUUAUUUGGAGCAUUAUUAUUUUUUGAUAUAAAAAGAAAGCAGUACGAAUGUGGAAUCGAGGGUUAUCGUUGAGAAACGUGCGCUAUCAGUGGGGCCGGAGCUGAUAUCAUAAUCAUUGAUGCGGUGGUCCGCGGUGCAUUUAGUGAUACAUGCUGUUGUGAACAAGAGUUUAGGAAAGGCUGCGACGAAGAUUGCGGGCGGCGAAGAUAAAGAGAGAAAGAGAAGAAGGAGGACUAGAAGUAGAAGAAGGAGGAGAAGGAGGAAGCUCGCGUAGCAUCAAAGUGCGGUGGCACCGGUUACUAUUUUUGAGAGCGCGAAAUAUUUUGGUUCCAAGCUAUUCACAAGUGAGCCUACAUCAACUAUACAUGACGCACGGAAUCUCCGGAAGAACUUGAGUGACAGAUUAUUAUAAUUGAGUAAAAAUUGAAGAAAAAACGAGAUCUGGGAGAAUCUAAAAAGGAAGGCCCCGGACAUAAACAUGGUAAUGGCUGUCAACGAUUCGCAAAUGUUGUCGAAUGGCACAGCAGACGCCAUGACGAUCAUCCCUCCAAAUGGAAAGUUGCCGAACAGUAACGGCGUGAUUUGCAUCAAUCACAAUGGAAAUGGAAAAACUUCGAAUGGCAAAUCGCACGAACUUGGCGUUGUGGAAAAUGGAAAAUCCGUUAUUCCGAUGGACGAAAAGCCAGCGAGUUUCCCCGCUGAUUUUAUCGACGAUGAAGUGUCCUGUGGUUGGGGCGUUUUUCGGCCUCGAUGGCUGCAGGCCUUCGCCACUAAACAGGCAUUUUUGGCCAUUUUCUGUCUUACUUGGGUCCUGCAAGGAAUGUACUACACGUACUUUGUCUCUGUGAUUACGACAAUUGAAAAGAUCUUCCAAAUCCAAUCGAAAACAACGGGAAUAAUUAUGUCGGCGACCGAAAUCGGACAAAUUGGCUCGUCCUUGAUUUUGACCUAUUACGGAGGUCAGGGUCAUCGGCCCAAAUGGAUAGCAUGGGGCAUGAUCCUCUUUGCUGCGAGUGCUUUUACCUGUUCGAUGCCACACUUUAUUUUCGGCGAACAAGUUAUGCACGUCCAACUUUCCACGGAUUCUUCAACGCCUGUCAAUCUAUGCCAAUUUGUCGACAGACCGGAUAACAAAACGUUACAAUCAUAUACAGACACUGCCGAGUAUUGUGAGGGUGAUUUUCUCAAAGAGCAACGAAUCCAGAAUAAAAUUACGACUGUGGUUUUGGCGAUAUUUUUCGUGUCCUUGUUAGGUGUUGGAAUGGGUCAAACUGCUGUCAAUACUCUUGGUAUACCCUACAUUGACGACAACGUUGCCAGUCGAGAAAGUCCUAUAUAUUUUGCCAUUACGAUCGGCGUCAGGAUUCUGGGUCCCACUUUUGGAUUCAUUUUGGGUUCAAUGUGCACCAGACUUUAUACGGAUUUGUCCGUUGAUCCUCCGAUGACUCCUACCGAUCCCAGAUGGGUGGGAGCGUGGUGGUUAGGUCUGUUACUCAUAUCUUCAAUGCUGAUGCUUGUUAGUAUUGCAAUGUUUGCCUUUCCCACAAGAUUACCCACAAGCAAACCACAACCGAAAAAAACAGACUCCACAAAACCAAGUCUUAAAGACUUUCCCAAAGCGAUGAAGAAGUUGCUGAAAAAUGACAUCUUAAUGUUCAAGACAGCCAGUAGUGUGUUUCAUAUUCUGCCAAUUGCCGGCCUUUACACUUUUCUGCCCAAGUAUCUUGAGAGCCAGUUUCGUUUACCGGCUCAUCAUGCGAAUAUGGUCUCAGGUAUCGGAGGAAUUCUAGUGAUGGGUUUGGGAAUCACAGUCAGUGGAAUCUUUAUUUUGAGAUGCAAGCCAAGUGCCAGAUUUGUCGCCGGCUGGAUCGCCUUUACAGCCAUCAUCUAUGCUGCUGGAAUGGGCACUCUCAUGUUCGUUGGUUGUACGAUGGACGAUUUUGCAGGUCUGGUGCAGCAAUCAGAUGGAUUAUCCAAAUUCGUACCGACCUGUGAUCCAACUUGUGACUGUGAUCGAAAUAAAUUCAAUCCCCUCUGCGGGGCUGAUGGCCAAACCUACUUUUCUCCUUGUCAUGCAGGUUGCUCAAACUACACCAUCGUCGAUGGAAAAGUCGCUUCGUUUUCAGAUUGUCAAUGUAUUGGUUCAAAUAUAACUGGAUUUGAAACCUUGAACACUGCGACGAGUGGAUAUUGCGAUCUCGAGUGCAACAAUUUCUGGAUCUACAUGAUUUUGUUUUCGCUGUCAGUUUUUAUUCACUCGACCAGUGAAGUUGGAUCCAUGCUUCUCAUUCUUAGAUGUGUCGAUCCCAAGGACAAAGCAAUGGCACUUGGUCUCAUACAAUUUGCUAUUGGAUUAUUCGGCAAUAUUCCGUGUCCUAUUGUUUACGGAGCCGUGGUGGACUCAGCCUGUCUAGUUUGGGAGUAUGCUUGUGGUGAGCGAGGUGCUUGUUGGCUGUACGAUUCAAAUGACUUCAGGAUGUUCUUCCAUGGUACAACUGGUGCUCUACUAUUGUUAGGAUUUUUCGUCGAUUUAGUUGUUUGGUACAAAGCAAGAAAAAUAAGUUUCACCGAAGAACCAGACGGCACGGUUGCAACAACAGAAGAAAUGGCAAAUCUAAAAGCUAGGGAUGGUGGAGAAAGUGACUAUCUUUAAAGUCGACAUUGAUUCUUUUUCUCUCGUGAAGACAAAUACUAGUCCAAAAAUAGAAAGGUAUCCCCCCGCUUAUUUCUCUGGUUAGAUUGGUCCGCAAACCAUUACAAGAUUAAUUGUUCAGUACGUCACAACUAAAAUUGAUUCAAUCAUUUUUAGUUCAAUUUACCGCUCAUGCCAAUCUCAAAAGAAAAAAAAAACUAUUUACACAGCGUUGGGAUCACAUAUUAAAAAAGUACUCGUUAUAUUUUUACUUGAUACUAUAUAAUUAUACAAAUGAAAACUAAGAGAAUACGCUUAGAACGAAAUAGGAAUGAAUGCGACAAAAUGCCAUAAAUUGUAGAGGUGUUUAGCUUAUAUAAUAAUAUAGUUUGUAAAAUUGUCAAAAUUUCAAUUUUAAGCGCAAUUGAGACAAUUGUAAAAUUGAGACGUUAAUCAGAAUAAAUUUUUUUCUGAUUCACUAUAUUAUGUGGAAAAUGAAACCCAGUGGUCUUUAGUCAAUGCUCUCGAAUGACCAUUUUUUUAAUUAAAUAAAUUAAUAUUAUUUCUAUUAUGUAUUCUGAAAUAUGUAAAUUCUGAAAUCAGAAUACACAAUUGGGAGGAAGUAAAGACUUGAUAGGAAAUGUGAUUGCUGUAAUGUAUUUUUUAAUUAUAGAGAAAAGGCAAUUUGCAUGCAUGAAAAAAAAAAUAAUAAAUUGUCCAUUUAAUUAAUAUGCAAUAAGGAAAAUUUGAGUUUGGUGCCUGUAUUGCGCAUAUUGAGCCGUGAAUUUUGCAUUGAUUUUAAAAAGCAAUAAGUGAAUCAAACAAUAUAUAUAUAAAUAUAUUUGAAAAAAAAACAUUUAAAACACUAUAAAUAGGUAAUUUUUAAGAAAGUGAACAAUUUCGUCGAUAUUGACAUUUAUUAUAUAGAUUUUUCUGUAUCCGAUAUCGAUAGAGAGAAAAACAAAUCAUUCCUUGAUGAAAAGAAAAGAAUUAUUCUGUAUAUACAAUAAAAAAAAAUAAUUUGUACAUAGAAAAAUAUCUUCAGAGGACGUAGCUCUCUUUGGGAGCGCCAGUCAAAAAUAGAUUGUUAUAUUACAGUGAAGAAUAGUCAAGUCUGUUCUUCAAAUUUAUUGUGAUCCAGAUUAAUUACUCUGUUUAGAAUCUAACUUUUAAUUAUUUAAUCUAUGUUGUUUUCUGGUCUUAUGUUGCGAUGUUAUUUUUUCCCACUUUGACUAGUUGAAACGACUUUAUUUAGUAGUAAGCUACUGUUACUAGCACUAGUUACUAGUAGUACUAUUACUAGUUACUAGCAGUACUAGUAGUUACUAGUAUUUCUAGUACUAGUAGUUACUAGUAUUACUAGUACUAGUAGUUACUAGUAUUACUAGUACUAGUAUUUCUAGUACUAGUAGUUACUAGUAGUACUAGUUACUGGUAGCACUAGUAACUAGUACUAGUACUAGCAGUUACUAGUAACUAGUACUAGUGCUACCAGUAACUAGUACUACUAGUAAUUCGGAAGUACUUUGUAUGUGUACUUCUUUAGUUGAUAAUGUUUUUUUGUUUUCAUUGAUCGAUUAUUGUAAACAUCACAUUGCGAACUACCAGGGCCGUGAUUAUAAUUUUAAUGAUAGAUUAUGAGCCAAUGGCGUAAUUAGGAGGACGCUCGAAAAUUAUCGAUAGAUUUUCUCAUUUUAUUUAUUCUUUUUUUUAUAAUUUUUUCUGAAUGAUUUGAUUAUUAUUUUUGACUUUUUUAAUUUGAAUUUAAAAUAAUGUCUUCAGUUGACUUUUCGCUUCUGAAUUAGUAAAUUUUACUAAUAAAUUAGUAGAAAUAACUACUUAUUAGAAAAAUAAAAUUCAAAAGCAAAUUUAAUUAAUCAUUAAUUGUAAAUAACUGCGACAAUAUUUAGUGGAAGCAUUUUAAUGAAUUUCAAUUGAAAGAUAUAAAUUUAGAAUUCAGUUGAAGAAUUUAGUGAAAAAUUAAGCGACCUCUUGAUUAUAAGUCGAUAUCUAUAUCCAGGAAUGAAUUAUAAUUUGGUAUUGGAAUUAUAUUAUAUCGAUAGUAAUGAAACUACCUCUUAUCCGUCAUCGUCUCAUUUUCUCAUUUAUUAAAAAUUUUAAACUGUAGAGAUUUUUUUUCCAUCUCGAAAUAUAUUUUCGUCCAGUAAAAUUUCUUUUUUUUCGCGAAAAUU